UAAAAAAUGAACGGCUAUCAACAAGAAAUACUGGAUUAUAUAAUGCUAACUGCUAGUAACAUUAAUGAUGAAUUUGAUAAUUUAAACAAAAAAUAUUCCAUGAUUUAUAAUAUGCUAGAUAAUUCUUAUCAAAAACUUUUGAAAAUAACUGAAACUGAUGAUGAGGGUGAUGAAAGUGGUGCCAGUUAUGAUGAAGAUUAUUUAGAACCUGAUAGAACUUACAUGCAUGAUGAAACUAACGCGUCUAAGACUAUACUGAAAUCAUAUGACAUAACACAAUCUGCACAACCAAAUCUGGAUGCUGCUUUGAAGAAAUAUUUUCCAAAAAGUUUAGAUACAAAUUUUAGCAAUGAUAAAAAUAGGGUAUCAUUUCAUAAUUCUAAUAAAAUUGUUCCUCAAUCUUCUAUUAAAAUUAUGAAAGUUAAUGAAAAUACCUCACAAGAAUCCUUAGGAACAUAUACAAAAAUUGAUAAUGAUAUUAUGAAAAUGGCCAAAUAUACACCACACAAUUGUUCACCUAAAUGUCUAUCAUAUUUUUCACUAGAUCCUAAGAACUUUCAGUCAGAUAUUAGUGUUUUAUAUAUUCCUAUUCAAACAGGAUGGAAUAGAAUGAUAAGAAAUAAUACAAAAGUAAUCUACGUUACUCCGUGUGGUCUGACCAUAACCUCCUACCCAGAACUCCUCUCAUAUCUAUCCAUAACUUCUUGUCGUUUGCCAGUGGAUUAUUUUAGUUUUGGCCAGCAUCUCGACAUUACCCGCAAUUUUGAGGCAGUAGCUAACGUGAUUGAUGAGGAUAUAACUAAUAGGUCAGAACCAGUAGCCAUCCCUUGCGUCAAUAGUUUCGAUUUUUCCUAUCCUCCAGAUUUCGUUUAUAGUUCAACUCCGGUACCAACCGACGAUGUUAAGAUUUCUCGAGACUCUGGCUUUCUUUCUUGUUGUUCCUGCACUGAUCUGUGCCUCGACUCGGAUAGUUGUGAAUGUCAACGAUUAACUGCCGAUUCUGCCCGACGGAUAGGAGUGGCUUUAUUCAAUAACUUAACCGGUAAAUCUCGAACCGAGAUUGGCUUGGCUAAAACCGGCGGUUACGUUUACCGCCGGCUGCUGGAGCCCCUCGGCACUGGCAUAUACGAGUGCAAUUCCAACUGCUCAUGCAAUAAGCGAGCCUGCCUAAAUCGUGUAGUUCAAAAUGGGAUCCGGUACAAACUUCAACUAUUUAAAACACGACAGAAAGGCUGGGGCAUCCGGUGCCUAAACGACAUCCCUCUUGGCGCCUUCGUCUGCACUUACACCGGCCGGAUAUUAACAGACCGUAAAGCCGAACUCAAUGGAUAUCAGGAGGGGGACGAGUAUCUGGCGCAGUUAGAUUUCAUAGAGUGUGCUGAGUACUUAAAACAGGAGUUUUCCGGAGAAGAUUAUAACGAUAACACAGGUAACGGUUGCGAUUUAGUGGAUUCGGUUGUCAAUUGGGAUAAAAAUCAUGGGAAAACAAAUACUGGCUUUACAGGACGAUCUUCACUCUCCUUGCUUAAGCAGCGGAACAAAGAAGCAGAUAAUUACUCUUUCCAAGUCUAUGAUAGACCGCCAACAUUUAAUCCCAGUUCUCAAUAUCCCAAUCUCGAUUCUAACUUGAGCUCGAAUUCCGUUAAAUCUACCCGUUCGUUAUUUGACGGAGAACGCAAAUGUUACGUCAUGGACGCUAAACGCGAGGGCAACGUAGGAAGGUACCUGAAUCAUUCCUGCGAUCCAAACCUUUUUGUCCAGAACGUUUUUGUUUCUGGUCAGGAUGUCAGAUUUCCUGCCAUUGCUCUUUUCGCCAAUAGAACCAUAGUGGCUGGAACAGAACUCACCUGGAAUUAUGGCUAUGAGGUGGGUAGUGUCAAAGGUAAGGAGAUCGUAUGUCGAUGUUGCUCUCAUAGAUGUAAUGGAAGGCUUAUAUGAGAAUCAUUCUAAUUUAAAAGACUAAUUAUGUUAUUUUAAUUUGAAUCAAUGGUAUUCUUACUUCUUUUAAAUUAUUUUUUUAAUGUAAUUUUUUAUACAAGUUUAUAUUUAAUUUUUGUAUUUAUCAUGUCUGUAUUUAGGCAGUAUUAACCCAAUCUAUAAUUUAUAUUGCAUUUAUAUAUUUAGGUGAACGGCCAAAAAAUAAUGAUUAGUUAAGUUUUUAAAUUGUAAAUAUUAUGUUUCUAAUAAAUCCA